GCAGGGCAUCAUAUUCACUGUUAUGAGCAUUAGGAGCAGUACUUGGUAUAAUAAUAUUAGUGAAUGAAAGGGUGCAUGAUUCCAGUAUUCUUUCAGUUCCCCCCCUACCCCCACCCCAAGGGCUACUACAGGGUACAUUCUGGAUGACUUGGACUUAGGCCCUAGAGAUAGAGAUGUCCACUUCUUUGAUGUAAUCUAUAGGCCAGUGGCUUAUUUAGUACAGUUAAUAAGGGGUUGAAAUGAAGGCAUAUGUGUCAUUCAGCUUUCUAACACUGUAACAAAGUAGAAUCUCUUGAGGGACUAAGCCUUUAACAUAUGGGCCUUUGGGAGACAUUUGAGAUCCAAACUGUAGCAUCCUCUAUUCCUCACUGGUCACAAGUUGUUCAAGAAGUUGUUAAAGAAGAGUAGAGGAUAAAUGGAAAUCAGUACCAAAUACUUAAAAAAUCUGUCCAAUUUUUAAGGGAGUCAUCAGGUUUUAGCAUGUAGAAAUCAGGGACCUCUAGUGGCCGUAUGUGACUCCUGGCUAAGGCAAUGAGCAGGUAAACACUGGCAAUUGGUCCACUUCACUGUCCUCAGGCAGUUUGUAAUUACAUCUUAUAUUUAUAGAGUACUUGGUUUACAAAUACCACAUCUCUUUUGAUCUUUGAUCUUCCAAAUAGCCCAGUACAUAUCCAGAGCAUGUGUGAUUAGCUCCAUUUCACAGCUGGGAAACUGAUGCCAGAGAGGUUGUCGUCUGCCCUAUACAACUCAGCUAAUAUGUGGGGGAGUGAGGCCCUUCAACUCUCUUUUCUCUGCUCCUGGUUCAGGAUAUUUUCCAGCACAGUAAUUUCUGAGGAUGAGAAUUACAUGUAGAUAUAUUUGUUCUUUCUCCAAAUUUAUUUAUGUCCUAGUCUAGGACAAUGAAUCUUUGUAACUUAUCAGUUUUUCAAUGGAUAUAAUAGGGAAUGAACACUAAUCAUGAACUGAGAAUACAUAGAGGAGAAGGGGUUGUUAAGAAAUAAAUUCUAAGUGAAGGUGUUUGCAAGAUUGAACUGACCCUGCCCCAUUUAAAUGUCACCCAUUUAAAUGGCCACUCUUUCUAAAAUGGCAUCUGUUUUACUUCAUUACCAUGUUUCCUUUUUCUUCUCAGCAUUUACUAUCCUUUUUAAUGCACUCAUAUUUUUUAAUUGCUUAUGUGACUCCUCCCACUGGGAUGUGGAACAGGAACUUGGUCUUAGUUUUUGUACUCUGAAACCCUAAUAGAUGAACAGUGCUUUGCACAAAUAACCAAUAGAAUGAAUGACUGAAGGAAGGAAUGAGUGAAUCUUAGCUAUGUAAUGAUAUAAAGUAAACAUGACUGGAAUGAUUCAAAAAUUUACUUGAAGCGUACUUGCUCUCCAGUAGAAGGGUCUCCUGACCUGGCUUUAUACCUAUUCCUGGCUGAGCCAUUCUGUGACUUACAAUCAAUCAUUAAAGCCUCUCAGGUAUCAAUUUACACCUGGGUGAAGUGAGUUCAGUAACCUGUGACCCUGCAGCAGACAUAGGUCAUUGUAUUGCAUAGAAUACUUUUCCUAUUGUAACAGAUGUGAGUAGCUUGAGUGCUGGGAGCUGGCCCUAUAUAUUGUUGUAUUCCCAGUUCUUAGCACAUUGCCUAGCCACAGAGGUAAAAGAAACCUUUGUUGAAUGAAUGAUGAAAACAAUGAAAGACUAUGUAUAUAAGGGAAACAAGCAUAGAACUCUGAAUCUCCUGAAAAGUUGGGGUUAUCAAGCCCAGCACACAUAGCAUAGAGAUUCCUCUUUCAACUUGAACCAAAUGUCUCCAGAGGCAAGGAGGCGCUAUACAGUGUGUUCCUUACCCAAAGGCAAGCCUGGGCUCCGGAUCCGAUUCCAUGCCAUGUUUUGGAAGUUGUGUUUACGUCUGCCUUCAUCUCCAUCCUUUCCGCUCUAGCAUAAGCAAAAUUAUAACCCCGCAUACCCGAGUUGCAUGCAAUUAUCAGAGCCUGGGUGCUCCUCCGUUGAGGGACUUCGCCCCUGAGACCGCUGACUGCCUGUGAAUGACAAAUCAGAAGUCAGGGUUACAGAAUCGACUGGACUUUUCCUGCUCAUUUGCAGCACAGGGAAGAAGCAGAGAAUGAAAGAUUCUGAAAAUAAAGUGUAAAGAUCUUUCAUCUCUGUGAUGGUGUCAACUUGACUGGAUUGAGGAAUUCCUGGAGAACUGGCUCUGCAGCCACCUGGAAUAUUUGAGCCUGUGAUUGGUGAACAUGAGAAUCAAAGUCUGAGCAGCUUCUGGCCCUGGAGACCGUGUGCCUGUGGGGGAGGAUUCAACUGUCAUGAUAUACAGUGAAGCCUGGCUAGUGUUGUCAGGAUUAGUGGAGCAUAAUUAAUCAAGCAAGACAGCCAGAUCAAGUAGUUACUGAUGAUGAGAGCUGGGGAGGGACCCCAUUCCCUUCUUGGUGCCUCAUCUCCAGACAUGGAGCCCAGCUAUGGGGGAGGUCUCUUUGACAUGGUGAAAGGAGGUGCAGGGAGGCUUUUUAGUAACCUAAAGGACAACUUGAAAGACACACUCAAAGACACAUCUUCUAGAGUCAUACAAUCUGUGGCCAGCUACACAAAGGGAGAUUUAGACUUCACUUAUGUUACCUCCAGAAUUAUUGUGAUGUCCUUUCCUCUGGACAAUGUUGACAUAGGAUUCAGGAAUCAGGUUGAUGAUAUCCGGAGCUUCUUAGAUUCCAGACAUCUGGACCACUACACAGUCUACAAUCUGUCACCCAAGUCCUAUCGAACUGCCAAGUUUCACAGUCGGGUCUCAGAAUGCAGUUGGCCCGUUAGGCAGGCCCCAAGUCUGCACAACCUCUUUGCUGUGUGUAAGAAUAUGUACAACUGGCUGCUACAGAAUCCCAAAAAUGUCUGCGUUGUCCACUGCCUGGAUGGACGGGCAGCAUCGUCUAUUCUGGUUGGUGCUAUGUUCAUUUUCUGUAAUCUCUACUCCACUCCUGGCCCUGCUGUUCGAUUGCUCUAUGCAAAGCGACCUGGAAUUGGACUCUCACCAUCCCACAGGAGAUAUCUGGGCUAUAUGUGUGACCUACUAGCAGAAAAACCCUACCGUCCACACUUCAAGCCUCUCACUAUCAAGGCUAUCACUGUCAGUCCAAUUCCUUUUUUCAACAAACAGAGAAAUGGAUGUCGCCCUUACUGUGAUGUGCUGAUUGGAGAAACCAAAAUAUACUCAACCUGUACAGAUUUUGAACGAAUGAAAGAAUAUCGUGUUCAAGAUGGGAAAAUCUUCAUUCCCUUAAACAUCACUGUACAAGGAGAUGUGAUUGUUUCCAUGUAUCAUUUGAGGUCCACCAUUGGGAGCCGGCUGCAAGCUAAGGUGACUAACACACAGAUAUUCCAGCUCCAGUUUCACUCUGGAUUCAUACCACUGGACACCACCGUUUUAAAGUUCACCAAGCCUGAGUUGGAUGCAUGCGAUGUACCAGAAAAAUACCCUCAGCUAUUUCAAGUGACAUUAGAUGUCGAGUUACAGCCCCAUGACAAAGUGAUAGACUUAACCCCACCAUGGGAGCAUUAUUGCACGAAAGACGUCAAUCCUAGCAUCCUCUUCUCUUCUCACCAGGAACAUCAGGAUACUCUGGCCUUAGGAGGACAGGCUCCACUAGACGUCCCUCCUGACAACCCCAGGCAGUUGGGGCAAGGUGGUUUCUUUGCCUCUCUCUGUUGGCAAGAUCAGAAAUCAGAGAAAGCAUUGUGCGAGGAGGAUCACGCUGCCCUAGUGAACCAGGAAAGCGAGCAAUCGGAUGAUGAACUUCUGACCCUUUCUAGUCCUCAUGGCAACGCCAAUGGCGACAGGCAGCAUGGAGCCAAGAAGGCCAGCAGAAAGCAGCAGGAGCCAGCUGCCCCUCCCGCUGCUGAGGAGGAGGUGGACCUUCUGGGAUUAGAAGGCUCUGAUAUGAGUAAGAACUUCUCUCCCCCAUUGGCUCCUCCCACAAAUUCCGAACUACUGAGCGACCUGUUCGGAGGUGGAGGCGCUGCUGGUCCUGCCCAGGCAGGACAGCCAGGGAUGGAAGAUGUGUUUCAUCCUAGCGGUCCUUCAUCCGCCCAGUCAACACCGCGCCGCACCGCCACCUCGGCUUCUGCAUCACCGACCCUUCGAGUGGGAGAAGGUGCCACCUUUGACCCGUUUGGAGCACCUUCUAAGCCAUCGGGUCAGGAUCUGCUGGGUUCUUUCCUGAGCACAUCCAAUGCUUCCAGUGACCCCUUUCUACAGCCUACUAGAAGUCCUUCACCUACAGUGCAUGCUUCCAGUACCCCUGCUGUGAACAUUCAGCCAGAUGUUUCUGGAAGUUGGGAUUGGCAUGCCAAACCAGGAGGUUUUGGAAUGGGGAGCAAAUCAGCUGCCACCAGCCCCACAGGAUCCUCGCAUGGCACCCCCACCCAUCAGAACAAGCCCCAGACUCUGGAUCCUUUUGCUGACCUUGGGACACUAGGUACAAACCUAUCAGGUAGUUCUUCAUUUGCCAGCAAACCCACUACACCGACUGGACUGGGUGGAGGAUUCCCACCUCUCAGCUCUCCCCAGAAAGCAUCUCCCCAGCCCAUGGGUGGAGGGUGGCAACAGGCUGGGGGCUACAACUGGCAGCAAUCACAGCCCAAGCCACAACCCAGCAUGCCACACUCCUCCCCCCAGAAUCGACCCAACUACAAUGUGAGCUUUUCAUCCAUGCCUGCUGGCCAGAGUGAACGAGGAAAAGGAUCAACUAAUUUGGAAGGGAAGCAAAAAGCAGCUGACUUUGAAGAUUUACUUUCAAGUCAAGGUUUUAAUGCUCACAAAGACAAAAAGGGGCCUCGAACAAUAGCAGAGAUGAGAAAGGAGGAAAUGGCUAAGGAAAUGGAUCCUGAGAAAUUAAAGAUCCUGGAAUGGAUAGAAGGUAAAGAGAGAAAUAUCAGAGCCCUUCUCUCCACUAUGCACACUGUGUUGUGGGCUGGGGAGACCAAGUGGAAACCAGUUGGAAUGGCAGACCUGGUAACACCAGAGCAGGUGAAGAAGGUGUACAGAAGGGCGGUGCUGGUUGUGCACCCAGAUAAAGCUACUGGGCAACCCUAUGAACAGUAUGCAAAGAUGAUUUUCAUGGAGCUAAAUGAUGCCUGGUCUGAAUUUGAAAACCAAGGCCAAAAGCCCUUGUAUUAACUUGUGAGCCUUUCUAUCUCCACUACAAAACUGUGCUAAUGCUUAGUGUGUAUUAUAAUUCUGAGGUUUUCACAGAUGAACCAAAAAUUUCAGUAAUGUAUCUCCAGUACUAAACUGUUCAGUUACUUGUGAAUUAAUUUCUCACACUAAGGAAUGUGGAUGUUUGAUUUCUCCAAGUCCCUGCUAUGAAAGAUUGAAAGCAGGGGAGGAACUUGUGUGAUGACCUUGCUGACAUUCAACAUUCCAGUCUGCCCUGUGGGGAGCCUACUUAGCAUUUUGCCUGGGAAUAUGGAACGUUGAGGCUGCCAAAGUGAAGGCAUGCCAUCCAUUUUAUUCUCUGAGAAUAUGAUGAAUCAUCAAGAGUUACAGAAAUAAGAUUAUCUGAUGGUCUUUAAGAAUGGCUUGGGAUUUUUUUUGGGGGGGAGGGGGGAUGAAAUAACUUGAGUAAUAGCUUUACACAGACAUCAGGAACAUUACCAUCAAGUAUUUUUUUUUGUUUGUUUAGCAAAAUGUACACUGGCCUUGAGGAUAAUAGUGUGUAUGUCUUUUGAUCAGGAGCACUAAUAAAUGUGAAAGAAUUUGGAUUGUGGCAAGUGCUUACGCAAAUAUCCAGGGAUUAUUGUGUGUUCUUCCUGGAUAUGGUAAAAACUAAAGCAAAUGCUGGCUA